AGAAAGGAAGCAGUUAGUUUUUGUUCUGCGACUGCGCGACUGCGCAACUGCGUAUGAGUGGGUGUGGGUCCCACUACAGUGAAGCUUCACACCAAUUUGGCUUUCAACGAAACCGAAAGACUCUACAAAUUCUUCUCUUUCCUUCUUUCUUUCUUUCUCUCUUCUGGCCUUUCCGGGUCGCCUCCUCCAUGCAACAACCCAUGGCUUCAACGACGGUGUCGAUCAUGAAGGUGGUGGCGGCCACUCCGAUUACCUCGUUCUCCAGCUUCGCACUGCUAUUCCUGCUCUUGAUUUCAACCAAAAUCACAACCACCUUCGCUCUCAACAAUGCCUUUCUGAGCGUCAAGUACAAAUACGCCGGCCGCGAACCUUCCUUGAGCGCCCUUAAAGCUCACGAUAUCCAGCGGACUCUUCGAUUUCUUGGCGGCGUUGACCUCCCUUUAGGCGGCUCUGGCCGGCCUGAUGUCGUCGGCUUAUACUAUGCUAAAAUUGGCAUUGGAACACCUACCAAGGACUACUAUGUACAAGUUGAUACAGGAAGUGACAUUAUGUGGGUCAACUGUAUACAAUGCAGAGAUUGUCCACAGAGAAGCACACUUGGUAUUGAUCUUACUCUAUAUGAUGUUAAGCAGUCCUCCACUGGUAAGUUAGUUCCUUGUAAUCAAGAUUUUUGUUUGGAGGUAAAUGACGGUCUGCUGUCUGGAUGUACGGCUAAUAUGACAUGUCCAUACCUGCAAAUAUACGGAGAUGGAACCUCAACUGCCGGUUACUUUGUCAAGGAUAUUCUGUUUUAUGAUGGAGUGUCUGGUGACCUCAAGACUACGUCUGCCAAUGGGAGCGUCAUUUUUGGGUGUGGUGCUACGCAAUCUGGUGAUCUAGGCUCAUCCGGGGAAGGAGCACUGGAUGGAAUACUUGGUUUUGGCAAAUCAAAUUCCUCAAUUAUUUCACAGCUAGCAUCAUCUGGGAAAGUGAAGAAGAUGUUUGCUCAUUGCUUAGAUGGAAAGAAUGGAGGUGGUAUCUUUGCUAUUGGGCGUGUUGUACAACCAAAAGUUAACAUGACUCCCUUGGUACCAAAUCAGCCGCACUACAAUGUAAACAUGAAAUCAGUUCAAGUUGGCCGUUCUUUUCUAAAUCUUCCACCAGAUUUAUUUGAAGCGGGAGAUAGAAAAGGCACAAUAAUUGACAGUGGCACAACAUUGGCUUAUCUUCCCGAUGUGAUUUAUCAGCCCUUAGUAAGUAAGAUUAUCGCUCAGCAGAAUGAUUUGAAUGUUCAAACUGUUCACGGAGAAUAUACAUGCUUUCAGUAUCCAGGAAGUGUUGAUGAUGGAUUUCCUUCGGUCACCUUUUAUUUUGAAAAUUCACUUUCUUUGAAGGUUUAUCCACAUGACUAUUUGUUCCCUUAUGAAGGCUUUUGGUGUAUUGGUUGGCAAAACAGUGGGAUGCAAUCAAGGGAUAGGAAGAACUUGACUCUUUUGGGAGAUUUGGUACUGUCGAACAAGCUAGUCCUGUAUGAUCUUGAGAAUCAGGUCAUUGGAUGGACUGAAUAUAACUGCUCGUCGAGUAUUAAAGUACAGGAUGAACAGAAUGGAACAGUGCACUUAGUAGGUUCCCACUAUAUUUCUCCUUCUUCUGCCUCCUAUUUGAAUACCCGAUGGGCUAUAAUCUUCUUGUUGCUAACCAUGCUGCUGCACGGUCUAGUUUAGUGAAGAGACAUAGCUAAAACAAAAUCCUGACAGCCAGAAUUCAAGAUAAAAGAAAUUAAAAAAUAGAGAAACUAUUAUGAAAAUUAAUUUUGAGGUGGUGUAUAGAAAGGUUGUGAUUAGCGGGUCUAGAUUAACACCGAAGGUGAAAAGAAAAGCUAGGAUAGACUUAUGGUUUUGAAGCUUUGCUGUGGAUUUAUAUUUUUCCGCCCAUUGUGCAUUUAUGGAGAUCUAUGAGCGGUUAUAGCUUCAAAGUGCUUGAGAAUAUUGUAUUUUGCUUCAAGUCUUGAAUUGUCUCGGCUUAGUUCCUGACGUGAUUGUACAUAAUAUCGUUAGUACAUGUGUCCUUUUUGUUGCUAGAUCUACUGGUUCGAGGGCUGCGCUGUUAAACUUGACAGUUAUUGCUUCAGAUUUUGUAUUGCAGAGAUGAAUUGCCCGCA